AUGCGUGGCAUGAAUGAAGGAGCAGACACUGACUGGUAUUACAAACUCAACAAGGAUGGUCGAGAAUUUGUCCGCUACAACAAACACAAAUACUACAGAUUAAAAUUCACAUCUACAGGUUACAGUGGGAAAUAUCAGUGUUCUGACAACUGGACUCAGAUAUUCAGCGGUGAGACGAUCACUCUGACAUGUGAGGUGCAGGAAGGAGGUGAACCCACUGAGUGGUAUUAUGGAUGGAGAGUACCCAGGCAAACCACACAGUGGACACAGAGUAUUUACUGGACAUUCAGAGUUUUUGAGUCCAGCAGUGGAGACUACAUGUGUAAGAGUCGACGCAGAGAUGACUCAUAUUCUUCAACAGAGUGGAGUGAAGCCUUCACACUGUCAGUAACAAGUCAACCAAAGGCCCAACUGAGAGCUGAUAACACAGCUGUUCCAGUAGGGGGCAGUGUGACUCUGACCUGCUCUGUGAACCCAUCAUCAUCAUCAUCAUCAUCUGGAUGGAAAUACUACUGGUACAGAGAUGAGAAACACUCUGAACCUCUGACCACACAAGAUGCACACAAGAUCCUCUCAAAUGGACAAAUCAGAGUCUCACAGGAAGGACUCUACAGGUGCAGAGGAGGAAGAGGAGACCCAGUUUACUACACAGAGUACAGUCAGUCAAUUAGGAUUGGGAAAACUGUGUCAAACAAAGCUGUUGUGACUCUGCAUCCAAACUGGACUGAGAUAUACAGAGGAGAGACGAUCACUGUCAGAUGUGAGAUCCAUGGAGGAGACACUGAGUGGGAUUAUGAAUGGGAAACAAACAGAUACACAAAACCUCCAAAUCAAAAUGAAUACAGGAUUAGAUCUGCUUCAUCAUCCAACAGUGGAAACUACCGCUGUAAGGGCCGAAUGAAAAGUUCACAGAAUAAAACAACAGAGUGGAGUGAUUCAGUCACACUGACAGUUUCUGACAGUAAGUAG